AUGGUUCAAAAUCUAAAAUAUCAAUACUAUCUGGAUAGACUCACACCACAAACGGCUGUUCGAUGGGUGAUCGCUGUGAUAGCAAUCUUGACUUUUUGUGCUAGAAUCCUCUACCUCCAAGGCUUUUAUAUUGUUGCGUAUGCUGUUGGGAUUUACUACCUAAAUCUCCUUCUUCUCUUCCUCACUCCAUCAAUUGAUCCUGCUCUUGAAGAUGAUGAUGAUGGACCUGUGCUCCCUUCAAAGACUAACGACGAGUUUCGCCCUUUCAUGCGUCGACUGCCGGAAUUUAAAUGCUGGCAUUCUGCUAUGAAGGCUACUAUCAUUGCGAUUAUUUGCACAUUUUUCGAAUUUUUCAAUGUGCCAGUGUUUUGGCCCAUUCUCGUUAUGUACUUCAUCAUUCUCUUCUUCUUGACAAUGAAACGACAAAUCAUGCACAUGAUCAAGUACAAGUACAUCCCUUUCACGGUUGGAAAACCUCGAAUGGCCGGUAAAGAAGACACCGGCAAGGUUGUCGUGGGAUAG